GUGUGAAUCACAGAUCAGAGCUCAAACCGGUUGCUGUUUUCAGUAAACUCACACAGCUACUGUGACUGAGAGCCAGAAUGGAGCACAAUCAUCUGGCUCAACAAACUUUAUGCUGUUCGAUCUGUCUGGAUCUACUGAAGGAUCCGGUGGCUAUUGCCUGUGGACACAACUACUGCAUGAACUGUAUCAAAACCCACUGGGAUGAAGAGGAUGAGAAAGGAAUCCACAGUUGUCCACAGUGCAGGGAGACAUUCACACCGAGGCCUGCGCUAAAGAAGAACACCAUGCUAGCAGCUUUAGUGGAACAGAUGAAGAAGACUGGACUCCAAGCUGCUCCUGCUGAUCACCGCUAUGCUGGACAUGAAGAUGUAGGAUGUGAUUUCUGCACUGAGAGAAAACUGAAAGCCAUCAAGUCCUGUUUAGUCUGUCUGGCCUCUUACUGUGAGAAACACCUUCAGCCUCAUUAUGAUUCAGACACAUUUAAGAAACACAAGCUGGUGGAGCCGUCCAAGAACCUCCAGGAGAACAUCUGCUCUAAGCAUGGUAAGGUGACUGAUAUCUUCUGUCGCACUGAUCAGAAGUGUAUCUGUUAUCUCUGCUCUGUGGAGCAACAUAAAGGUCACGACACAGUGUCAGCUGCAGCAGAAAUAGCUGAGAGGCAGAGAGAGCUGGAGGAGAGACGAGGAAACAUCCAGCAGAGAAUCCAGGACAGAGAGAAAGAUGUGAAGCUGCUUCAACAGGAGGUGGAGGCCAUCAAUCACUCUGCUGAUAAAACAGUGGAGGACACUGAAACCAUCAUCACCAAGCUGAUCCGUCUCCUCCGGAAAAGAAGAUCUGAUGUGAAGCAGCAAAUCAGAUCCCAGCAGGAAACUGAAGUGAGUCGAGUCAAAGAUGUUCAGGAGAAGCUGGAGCAGGAGAUCACUGAGCUGAAGAGGAAAGACGCUGAGCUGGAGCAGCUCUCACACACAGAGGAUCACAACCAGUUUCUCCUCAACUACCCCUCACUGCCAGCACUCAGUGAGUCUACACACUCAUCCAGCAUCAACAUCCGUCCUCUGAGACACUUUGAGGACGUGACAGCAGCUGUGUCAGAGCUCAGAGAGAAACUACAGGACGUCCUGAGAGACUCAUGGACAAACAUCUCACUGAUGGUCACUAAGGUGGAUGUUCUACUGUCAGAACCAGAACCAAAGAGCAGAGCUGCAUUCUUAAAAUAUUCAUGUGAAAUCACACUGGAUCCAAACACAGCACAAACGCGGCUGAAAUUAUCAGAGGGGAACAGGAAGGUGAGACUGAUGGGUCAAUCUCAGUCUUAUCCUAGACAUCCAGACAGAUUCACUCAUUGGCAUCAGGUUCUGAGCAGAGAGAGUCUGACUGGACGUUGUUACUGGGAGGUGGAGUACAGCGGGUUAGUAAACGUAGCAGUUACAUAUAAGAAUAUCUGCAGAGAAGGAAGAGGGAAUGAAUGUUUCUUUGGAAAUAAUGACAAAUCUUGGGCUUUAAAUUGUAAUGGUUCUAGUUUUGGUCACAACACAAUCUGGACCUUCAUCUCAGGUCCAGUUUCCUCCAGAGUGGGAGUGUACCUGGAUCACAGAGCAGGUAUUCUGUCCUUCUACAGCGUCUCUGAAACCAUGACUCUCCUCCACAGAGUCCAGACCAGAUUCACUGAACCGCUGCUGGCUGGACUUAAUGUUUAUAACGGUGGAGGUUCUGCAGAGUUCUGUUAACCCAACUAGAGUCUCUCUCAUCUCUGAUUCUUGAUUAGGGUUCAUUCUGCUGUUAUGUUCUUUAUCUUUCUGGUUUAAAUGUAGAUUUCUGUGUUCCAGGAGCCAUAAAAGAAAACAUCAGCAGCGUUUUCUUUUAUUCUUACAUGACAGAAAUAUUUCUCCACAUGAACAUCUAAACUUCUCUGGGCUCCAGUCAGUUUGGUUUCAUAUUUCUAUUGAUGUAUUUCAAUGUUGUUGUUCUCGCUUAAAUCAGUUGAAAUUUAAGUGAACUUACUUCUGUUUUUUUUAUUGUGAAUCAAUGAAAAAAGUGAAACUACCAUCGACUCAGAACUGAUGCUAG